UUCCUGUCCAGGCUGACAGAGAGAUUCGUGCUGGGCGUCGAUCUGUUCCUGGAGGCCGUGUGGAAGGUGUGGACAGAGCUCCUGGACGUCCUUGGCCUUGACGUGUCCAACCUAUUGCAGUACCUGAGCCCCGCCUCGGUGUCCAGCAGCCCGGCCCGGGCGCUGCUGCUGGUCGGCGUCGUCCUCCUGGCCUACUGGUUCCUGUCCCUGACCUUGGGCUUCACCUUCAGCGCCCUGCACCUGAUGUUCGGCCGCUUCUUCUGGAUUGUGCGCGUGGUGCUGUUCUCCAUGUCGUGCAUGUACAUCCUGCACAAGUACGAGGGCGAGCCUGAGAGCGCCGUGCUGCCCCUGUGCCUGGUGGUCGCCGUCUACUUCAUGACGGGGCCCAUGGGCUUUUACUGGCGCAGCAGCAGCCCCGGCGCGCCGGGCAGCCCCAGCGUGGAGGAGAAGCUGGAGCACCUGGAGAACCAGGUCCGGCUGCUCAACAUCCGCCUCAACAGGGUGCUGGAGAGCUUGGACCGGCCCAAGGACAAAUGAAGGUCAGCCAGCCGGCUGGACCCACCCGCACCCACACGCGCGCCCAGAAAGCAGAAGAGAAGGAAGAAGCCGGCACCGCCAAACCCCAAGCGAUCUUAAUAAACGGCAGCCAGCGAGCCGGGCGCCUGGUGAGGGUGUUUCCAGCCGCGCGGGAACCGCAGCACCCAAGGGACACCGCGAUGGUGGUGCAGUGCCGCCCCGCACCGCCAGGGGGCGGCCCUGGGCAGAAUAUUUUUUAACGAAUAGAACCCUAUGGGCUGUACAGUCGGAGAAAUUUAUCUGUGCAUAGAACAUAAAGUUAAUUUUUCAAACAUUUAAA